AUGCUUCUGAUUGGCAGAGAGAGCUGCUACUGGAUAAACCUUUGUGUUGGCACCAGCCUGGCUGAUAGUAGGGUUUCUUGCCUGCUCUCCUCUCUGGAAUAUCUGCGGACACUGGACUGCCCCUUUCUUGUGGGAGAUUCAGCAGAGAUUCAGGGGGACACGUGCUUAACCAUGGAGGUUAUGGUGACAGAUUCUGCAAGGCCAAAGGUUGCUAAGGAUAUUUUUUUCUGGUAUUCUGCUUUUCCUUGCAAAGCUGGGCAGCAGCCGAUGCAGAAAACUGAACCAGUAGGAGGAGGAACCCUCUAUUUCUAG